AGGGGUUAUAAAAUUGCCAGAACAGCAGCAUCACCUCCCAGUCCUGCUUCCUCCUGCAGCGAAAGCCAGUCAAGUCUUUGUGAAGGCAGCAUACGCAGACACCAUGAGCCACUCUGGGAUGAGGACAUCCUCCACCUCUACUUCCUACCGACGCACGUUCGGUGCAGCCCCUAUGUUCUCCCCUUUGUCUUACAGCUCAGUCUCGCGUCUCUCUACUUCAGCAGGAGGCAGCCGGCUGUUGGGAUCUUCUUCCCCAGCAUCCUCAGUGCGCUCAGUCUCUUAUAGGGUGCGGUCCAGCACCCCAGCCCCCAGGCUCAACUAUGAGAAGGUUGAUUUUGCUGUGGUGGAUGCCAUGAACCAGGAGUUUCUCACCACCAGAAGCAAUGAGAAGGCUGAACUACAGGAGCUCAAUGACCGCUUUGCAAAUUUCAUUGAGAAGGUGCGUUACCUGGAGCAGCAGAAUGCCAUACUGGUGGCUGAGCUGAACCAAUACAAGACUCAGCAGGAGCCUAACCGGGCCUCCGAGAUCUUCCAGGAUGAGCUAAGGGAGCUGAAGAGACAGCUGGAAGUCAUGGGGAAGGAGAGAGACCGCUUUCAGGUUGAGAGGGACAACUUGGCCGAAGACCUGGCUCUCCUGAAACAAAGGUUGGACGAUGAGACUCAAAAGAGAUUGGAGGCAGAAAACAACUUAGUCCUCUUCAGAAAGGAUGUUGAUGAUGCCACCCUUUCUCGUUUGGAGCUAGAAAGGAAGAUUGAGUCCCUAAUGGAUGAGAUUGAAUUCUUGAAGAAGCUGCAUGAUGAGGAGAUCCGUGAUGUCCAAGUCAAUGUGCAGACCCAGCAACUUCAAGUGGAGGUGGAAGCCCCUAAGCCAGACUUGACAGCAGCUCUCAGGGAUAUUCGUGCCCAAUAUGAGACAAUUGCUGCCAAGAAUGUGCAGGAGUCUGAGGAGUGGUACAAGUCCAAGUUUGCUGAUCUUACGGACACAGCCAAUCGGAAUGUAGAAGCACUACGCCAGGCAAAGCAAGAUGCCAACGAGUCACGCCGUCAGAUCCAGAGCUUGACCUGUGAGAUUGAUGCUCUCAAGAGCACGAAUGAGGCCCUGCUGCGCCAGAUGCGGGAGAUGGAGGACCAGUUUGGACUGGAGGUGGCUGGAUACCAGGACAAUAUAGGCCGCUUGGAGCAGGAGAUCCGGCACCUGAAAGAGGAGAUGGCACGUCACUUGCGCGAGUACCAGGACUUGCUCAAUGUCAAAAUGGCCCUGGACAUCGAAAUCGCCACUUAUCGGAAACUGCUAGAAGGGGAAGAGAGCAGGAUUGCUAUUCCUGUUCAGAACCUAUCCACCCUCAGCAUCCGUAGCACAGAUUUUGAGCACCCUUCUGAAGUCCACAGCAAGAGAACAGUGCUGAUUAAGACCAUUGAAACCCGGGAUGGAGAGGUGGUGAAAGAAUCUAGGAAGGAGCAGCAGUCGGACCGAGAUGACUAGAAGUCUGAACUCAAGCAACCAGGCUGCUUCCCACAUCCUCAGUGCCCAACCUUUUGUGUGUUUGUGCCUCAUGAAAAGAUGUCCCUCCUGAAGACGCCAUAGAGUUCUGACCAUCAUUCCAUUGUGUUGAAUGGAGCUGUCCCAGAUGAAGCUAAUCCAGGCUGACCAGUGACAGCUGGAAGCCUCAUAUCACAGCAAGUUAACCUUGUAUGUAAACAGUGUGUGGAGAGAGGGUUGUAACAUGCACCUAGGCAAUUGUUAGGUGUGGUGAUGUUCCCAGUAGCUCUUUCAUUUUGGGUUUCACAUGGUCUGACACACAAAACUUAACACAAUAAUGUAACAACUGCUGGUUAAAUCAGCUGCAUUCUUUCUGGUAGUGAUGCAGCCUUCCAUCUUACCAAAUUCAAAAAAUUCUGUUUGUGGUCAUUAGAAGGUCAUUAGCUAGUGACAAUAAUUUGGAAACCUUUCUCCACCUGCCAGUUCAAACUGACCUACAAGUCUCCACCUUAAUCAGUCUUACCCUGGGACAGCAUUACAUAAUUAAACACAAAGAGGUUAGUUCUCCUGGCCUAUCCCUUAAAGCAGGUAAUCAUGCUGACCAAUGGAACCAAAGAGCAGCUGUGCAGUGAAGUGUAUGCUUGACAACUCGAAUAAAGUGCAGAACCUUA